UAAAAUCCACAGGUACAUCUAGACAUCUAACAUACAAAGCAAAACAUGCAAUAUAUAUUUUGGAACUAAUAUUCUAAUUAUACAUUCCAUGUUUCCAAUAAAAACAUGACAUAUGGUCUUCCAUGGGUCUUUUCCAUAUGCUAAGUUGUAGUGUAGCCAAAUGUGAUAACUUAAGGCAAAAAUUAAUUGUUGUGCGCCACACUCACAUGAGUCAAAAGCUGGGACAAAGACCUGGGAGUUCCUUCUUCACGUUCUUUGUGGUGAGUUUUUAAAGCACUGUGUUCUGGAAUUGAGAGACAGGCCAGGCCUGAAUGGAGGGUCACUGGGGUUUGGAACCUGCUCAGUAACACAGCCCUCUCUUGCAAGGAGCUUUGAUUUCCCCACAGUCUCCGGGUAGUCAGGUUUGUCUGGAUGGUGCAAGAAAUAUCUCCCUGGGGACACUGAGAGGGCCUGUGGUUCGUAGGAGUUCUGCUCUGUCUUUCUGUUGUUGCAGGCUUGUCUCUACGACCAGCCUCCAUUCAGGGAGGGACAGUUGGUCUCCAGUGACCCAUCUGGUAGUUAGUUUGAGUUUGCAGCAAUCUUGAAUGAAUCACAGUUUGUCCUUCUCAGGCCUGAUAUUGUUUGCCUUCCUUCUCCAUGGAAAAUGGACGUUGCCAGUCGCAACUGCCCCUGAAAUGUUUGCUUUUAAUUAUAUCAGCUAAAAUCCAACUGAGUGGGACCAUGGUGGCAGGCCUUCUGCCCCGCAUCCCCAGGCAGCCCACAGUGCGGAGAGUGGCACAGCAACACUUCCCCAUCCAGAACAGUGGUAACAGGUGCUGGGCAGUGUUAGGGAGAGGUCCUUGCAGUCAGUUCACCACUGGGGACUUGCUCCAGUUCUGUGAGAGAACGAUGUUUCCAUCUUCACUCUGCCCUGAGUUCCUGCAGUUCUCCAAGCUGACCUGUUGUCGGUGAUCUGCUAAGUAUGGAAGAGUGGAAUCUGUGGUUUUCAUUUACUUGAAAUGUGGGGACGUGUUCUACUACCUGUAGAGAAAUUUUCAACAGAGUUUAGUUGCUUUUUCUUGAGAAAUUACUGGAUUUUUCUAUUCACUAACUUUCUUCAAUGUGCUGUGAUUUGGGGAUCCAUCUUCCUCCACAGUGCCUCUGUACUCUGCCCUUGAGAUAAAAGAUGUUUAUUUCAGUGUAAUCAUUCUUUCCAAGGCAUACUUUUCCUCUGUGCCAAAAGUCUUUUGACUAUAGCCAUCCUCCUACUGAUGCUGAAAACACCUUGCACUUCAGACACAAGACUCAGAGGACUGGAGCUGGAUUUGACCUGAAAUCCUCCUACCUGAGUCCAAGUUUUCAUAGUGAUGGAAGGUGCUUUGCAAGCUCCCGAGGGAGAGAGGUGAUAAACAGUUUUAUUUAGCUGUUGUUCCCAUGAACCACAACAAUGACCAGUAUGGCAAGAUAUCACUAGGGGUACAACAGUGACUGUCAUUUCGUGGCAUGGACAGUAGCUGUCUAAUUGGACUUAAGUCCUGCUCAAGAGUAGGCAAAUCCUGCCUGGAAUCAUGGCUGCUACUCAUGGUUAGUUGGGUCACGGAUCUUUGAGGAGUUCCUGCUACUACUACUUUACCAAACCAUCAUAAUACCUAACUGCACUCCAAAUACUUUUCCUUAGAACCAUAGAUAAGUGCAGCUCUCACAGCUUCUCAAAGCUUCCCUCUGCAGUAGUCAGAGAGCAUUACAGAAGACCAAAGUGACCAAAAUGCAGAGUAGAAUGAUCGUGUGGUACCCUGCCCCAGUGGAAACAUCUACAUAGUAAUCAUCGUAAUUCCUGCACCUAAGGCUCAAGGAAUAUCUCUGGAGAUGGAGCUAUUAGAUCAUAUGAACCAAAAGUCAGUUGUGUAUGGUGUGAGGUUGUGUCUCCUACAAAGUGAAGGGAAGUUGCACUCAUGAUACCUCAACAAUGUGACUGCAUGGAAAUGAUCUGAAAAUGCUAAUAUACAUGAUUUCCUGCAGGGGGAAUCUACAGUCUUCCCCAUAGAUGAGUCCUCUCACUGUUUAUCCAACACCAAGGAGUCAGCCAUCAAAACAUCCAUGCAGACAGCACUGAACAGAAUCAGCAGUUCAUAUUUAUUCAUGUACACAUAUGUAGGUACCUACACAUGUAACAAUAAUAAUUAAAGGUGAAGACACAAUAUACUUCAGAAGAAGUAACCAGUGGGCAUGGGAGGGGUUGGAAUAAGGAGAGGAAGGGGAAAAUUAUGUAAUUAUAUUUUAAAUAAUUUUCAAAAAAAGGAUAAAUUCAUGGUGUUUGUGACAACAUGGAUAAAACUGAGAAUUAUUUCAGGCAUAGAAAAGUACCACUUGAUCAUAUUGAGAUGCUACAUGCAGAGUUGUAACUCACAGGAGUUGGAGAUGGAAUGGUUUUCCAUCAGCAGGGACAUCAGGAAGCCGAGGCUUGGGGACUUUUCAAACAAUGGAUGUUCUGGAACAGUGUGAUAAGAGGGUGAUCACUGCUCCCUGUACUGUUGCUCCAAAUGUUGGAUAUGUGUAAGCUUUAUCUAGUGUUCAUUUCAGAAGCCUGAAAUACAGUGUUUGGGGAGAUGAACACACUGAAAACUGAUGGAAAGGCUAUGCAAAACUUACCCUUAAAAUUAAUACCAAAUACCCCUUUGAUAUAUAAAUUCCCAAUAUUUUUCAUGCAGUUAAAAAAAAAAAAAAGGAAAAAUAAUAUUGUUGCUCUCAUAGAUUAUGUGGUGGUUUGAAAGAAAAUGGCCCCCAUGGGAGUGGCACUAUUUGGAGGUGUGACCUUGUUGAAGCAAGUGUGUCACUGUGAAGGUGGGCUUUGAGGUCUCUUUUGUACAAGCUUCCCUCAGUGUGACAGUCAAUUGAGUUCCUAUUACCUCUGAGUCAAAAUGUAGGAUUCUAAGCUAUUCCUCCAGCACCAUGUCUGCCUGCACGCCACCGUGCUCCCCAUCCUGAUGAUAGUGGACUGAACCUCUGAAACUGAGAUGCUGUCAUUCUGGGAUGUGGCCAUUGAUUUUACUCCAGAAGAGUGGGAAUGCCUGGAGCCUGCUCAGUGGGAUCUGUACAGGGAUGUGAUAUUGGAGAAUUACAGCCACCUUGAUUUCUUGGGUCUUACUGUCUCUAAGCCACACCUGGUGACAUUUCUGGAGCAAAGACAAGGGCCUUGGGAUGUGAAGAAACAAGCACCAGCCCCUCUGCAUCCAGGAACGACACCCAAUAAUUGUAACAAUUAUAGCAAGACCACUGAUUGUAAUUCACUCCUUAAUCAACACCAGAGAAUCCAUACAGGGAACAAACCCUACAAAUGUGAAGAAUGUGGUAAGGCCCUUAGUUCUCGCUCAACACUUUCCAUACACCAGAGACUCCAUACUGGAGACAAACCCUAUAAGUGUAAAGAAUGCCAUAAGGCCUUCAGUACUCGCUCAUCACUUUUUAUACACCAGAAAAAUCAUACUGAUGAAAAAACCUAUAAGUGUGAAGAAUGUGGCAAAUUAUUUUACUAUCCAUCAAUGCUGAAGCAACAUCAAAGAAUCCAUUCUGGAGAGAAACCUUACAAGUGUGAAGAAUGUGGCAAAGCUUUUUAUGAUCCUUCAUUCCUGAAACAACAUCAAAGAGUUCAUUGUGGAGAGAAACCCUACAAGUGUGAAGAAUGUGGGAGAACAUUUUCCUCUGCUUUAAUCCUUAACCAACAUAAAGGAAUUCAUUCUGGACAGAAAAAGUACAAGUGUGAAGAAUGUGGCAAAUCCUUUUGCUAUCCUUCAUUCCUAAAGCAACAUCAAAGAAUUCAUUCUGGAGAGAAUCCCUACAAGUGUGAAAACUGUGGAAAAAGAUUUUACUGUUCUCCACACCUUCAGGAACAUCAAAAAGUUCAUACUGGAGAAAAACCAUAUAACUGUGAAGAAUGUCACAAAGCCUUUCGUAAUCACUCAGCCCUUAGGAAACACAAGGCAGUUCAUACUGGAGAGAAACCCUACAAGUGUGAACUGUGUGGAAAAGGAUUUACUAAGCCCUCUGUGCUUACUGAGCACAAGAUAGCUCAUACUGGAGAGAAACCCUACAAGUGUGAGGAGUGUGGCAAAUGUUUUUCCUCUUCUUCUGCCCUUAAAAGGCAUCAAAGAAUUCAUUCUGAAGACAAUCCCUACAAGUGUGGGGAAUGUGGCAGAGCCUUUUCUACACUUUCUACCCUUACUCAGCACAAGUUUGUUCAUUCUGGAGAGAAGCCAUACAAGUGUGAAGAAUGCGGGAAAGCUUUUUCUUAUAAUUUUUCUUUGAUCCAGCACAAAUUAAGUCAUACUGGAGUGAAAUCUUAUCAGUGUGAAGAAUGUAAAAAAAUGUUUUACUCUACUUCAAAAUUGAAGAAACAUAGAAGACUUCAUUGUCAAGAGAAACUGUACAAGUGUGAAGUCUGUGGAAAAGCCUUUUCUAGUAAUUCUUCCCUGGUUCAGCACAAAAUAGUUCAUACUAGAGAGAAAUGCCACAAGUGUGAAGAGUGUGGCAAAAUGUUUGCCUGUACCUCAAAACUGAAGAGACACAAAAGAACUCAUUGUCAAGAGAAACCUUUCAAAUGUGAAGUAUGUGGUAAGGACUUUCGUACUCGCCCAGAACUUUCUGUUCACAAGAGAACUCACACCAUUGAGAAACCACACAAAUGUGAAGAAUGUGGAAAAACUUUUUGUACUUUCUCAUACCUUACUGUGCACAAAUUACAUCAUACCGGGGAGAAAUCUUGUAAAUGUGAAGAAUGUGGCAAAAUGUUUUACUCUACUUUAGACCUUAAAAAGCACCAAAAAAUUCAUACUGGAGAAAAGCCAUACAAGUGUGAAGAAUGCCACAAAGCCUUUACCACACAUACAACCCUAAAGAGACACAAGACAGUUCAUUCUGGAGAGAAACCCUGCAAGUGUGAACUGUGUGGGAAAGGAUUUAUUAAGCCUUCUGUACUUACUGAGCACAAGAUAGCUCAUACUGGAGAGAAACCCUACAAGUGUGAGGUGUGUGGCAAAGUUUUUUCCUAUUCUUCAGAUCUUAAAAGACAUCAAAUAAUUCAUUCUGAAGACAAUCCCUACAAGUGUGGGGAAUGUGGGAAAGCCUUCACUAAGCUGUACACUCUUACUCAGCACAAGAUUGUUCAUACUGGAGAGAAACCAUUCAAAUGUGAAGAGUGUGGCAAAGGAUUUUCCUGCUCUUCAUAUGUUAAGGUACACAAAACAAUUCAUUCUGAAGAGAAUAACCACAAGUGUGAGGAAUGUGGCAAAGUCUUUGUUAAUCAUUAUACCCUUUCUCGACACAAGACAGUUCAUACUGGAGAGAAAUCCUACAGAUGUAAUAAAAAGUUUACGCUUUUGUAGCCCUUCAAAGACAUCAAAUAAUUCAUUCUGAAUAGAAGUUCCACAAGCAUGUGGAAUGUGGCAAAGCCUUUGAUGAUGAUUUAUACUUUAUGCAGCACAAUGAAUGUAUUGAGUAGGGAAGCUAUGCACAUGUGAAGAAUGGUGAGUGCUUUAACUCUCAGUCAAGACCCUCUACCAUCAGUAAAUUUGAAUCUGCAGCAAAACAGUCCAAACAUGAAUGGAGUGACUGACACUUAGUGUUUCCUUGUAUCUUAAAUAACACAACAAUUUUUAUCCUGAAAAUCAAAGCUAUAAUGUGAAGGAUGUAGUGAAGGUUUCAGUUAUUAUUCAGUCCUGAUUCAACCUCAGUAAUUCUCACCUGAGAGAAACCCUACUCAUGUGCAGAAUAGGACCAGGACUUAGCUGUUCCUCAUGUCUAUAUAAGAUUUGGAGAAUUCAUUGUGAUGAAGCCAACAAAAGCAAUCAACAUAGCAAGUUCUCUACCUUUUCUUCACACUGUAUAUAUCUGCAGAUAGUUCAUACUGCAGAAACACUCUGCACACUCAAAAGGUGUCCCUAAGCCUUGGAUAAUAAUUCAGGUCUUCAUCAGCAACAAAGUGUUGAUAUAGGUGAGAGACUCUGAAGGUGCAGAUGUCUUUGUUAGCUAGCUGCAGAUAUCCAUACCACACAACCCAACAUUAUCUGAAGGACUCUCAGUUAGCUAUUUGCUUCUAUCAUAUUAGCUUAUAAGCUUGUGUUCAGGGUAUUUUCUUGAUUUCUAAGUGAUAUAAGAGAAGACAGCCAAGAUAACCAGCACUACCCUGUACAGGAAUUCCUUGGUUGCAUAAGAAUUGUGGUGAACAUGAACCAGAAGAAGCAAGUCAAAAAGCAGUAUUCCCCAUGGUUUUUACAUCACUGUCUGUCCUGGCCUCCCUGGAUGAGGAAUAGUAACUCAUAAUUUGAAAUAAACUGAUUAUUCCCCCCACAUUGUAUUUGGUCCAGCCAUUUAUUAUCAGCCCAACAGAAAUCAAUCUAGGACAGCCAUGAAUAUGGAAGGCUUUUCAGUCUUCUUCAUAACUCUGCUGUUAACAUCCAAAGACAUACUCGAGACAAUGUCACAAAGCCUGUAGAUGUGCCCAGCCUCCAUUCUAGACCUGAGCAUCCACACUGCAGAGAAGUAAAGAAUAUGACCAAUUAUUUUUUUAUGUUUCCCCAAAUCAACACCAAAAUUUUCAGACUAGAGAGAAACCUGUGAAAUCAAAGACAGUAGCUAUGUGUGGAGCGAUUGUUCCAAACUCAACAUGAGAAAUUUAGGCAUGAAGGAAAACUAACAUGCUCAUUUGAUAAGAGAACUGAUUUUUCUUCAUACCUUAGUAUCAGAGAGUUUGUUUGGUUUAGAAGCCCUACAGAUAUAAAUAGUGUGACAAAGCCUUAUGAACAAUCCUCAUUACCCAUGAAUAAAUUCAUAUUGUAAUGAACCCUUCUAUAUAUAAUGACUCUGGCAGAAUCAUUUCUCACUGUUUACACCUCAUAGUAGCAUAUCAGCUAUCAUUUAAAGCACUGUGUACAUAGAAAUACUGUAGCAAUGUCUUUCCUCAUGGCUUAGUAAUGGAUCUAUUGAAGUAUAGUUAUAGGUGGAUUUUCUGUCCUGCCAGCUAGCUCCCAAGUAACCACACUGAGACUUCUUAUUAAUUAUGAAAGCUUGGCCAAUAGCUUAGGUUUGUCCUAUAAAUUAACCCACUUCUAUUUAUCUACACAUGCCACGUGACUCAUGGCAUUUCCCUGUCCUACAUAUCUUGCUCCUCUGGCUGACUGGUGACUACACAUCCCCACCCUUCCAGUGUCCUCUCUGCCCCUAAAAUCCUGCCUAGCUAUUGGCCAUUCAGCUUUUUGUUAAACCAAUCCAAGUGACAAAAAAAAAAGAGUAUUCCACAACAUAUAGUAGACACAUGCUUUUAAUACAGAAUUUAUGCAAACAGGCAUUGCUUAUAAUUAAUGUGAAAUGUUUAAUGUGAUUGAAAGAAGUUAUUACAAACAUCAGAAUCCUUCAGAUCACUCAAGCCUAAAGAUAUUGAUUUGUUAUACAACCAUAUUAGUAUAUAGCCCAAGAUACUGGAGACAGGAGUAUGGGGCAAGGAUAGGGUCUGCUGAGAAGACAUUAAACAAUAAGAGAGGCUGGCCCAGGAGAGAGGGUAUGUGUCCUGCUGGCUGAGCAGGAUGGGUGGGGCUUCCUAAGCCCUUAAGUCAACUGUGUUUCAUCAGAGACCUCUCAUACUAAACUGGAGCUAUAUGACUAGGUAUUUGCCAUCCAAGAUGUUGGUCUUUGGUCUGAUUCCAGUUUUGUCAAAUUACUUGUUGAAAAGGCUGUCAAUUCCAGUUCCUAGCUUUGGACACCUUGACACAAUUACAUGUCCAUUUCAUUACUGUUUAUCUCUUGUUCUUACAUUGUGUUUGUCUGUAUGUUUAUUUUUAUGUGAGUCCAGUGCAGUCCUUUUCACUAUGGCUAUUCAGUAGAGUUUGAGGUCAUGUACUAUACAUGGAAUACAUCUGCAUGUCUUUUUGUUAUCUAUUGUUUUCUUUUGGUAAUGCUUUUGAUUAGUUGUCUUACCUUUUGUUUUUCUUAUCGCCCUAUGUGAAUCUUAUUUGAGAGUCAAGGAUCAGAGAGUCCCCCAAGGAUCAAAGGCCUAUACAAAACUUUGUCCAGGAAACCCAGAAAACCGAGGUACCUGUUAAUUCAAGUACUUUGUACCUGGCAUUUGGUCCCUGGGAACUCCUUUUGGGUUGCUUUGAAGGUAUGGAAAUUAACUAUCUAACAGUAAAAAAGAGUAAAUAGAUAUGCCCUAGGUGAAGGGAAAAGGGCUUCAGUCCUUCAAGGCUGGACCCCCCUGCAGCCAUGAAAGGCUAGAUUCAUUCUUUAGAUGCCUCUGUGUCUUCAUUCCACGGACCCGCGUGAACCCACACAACCGGGGAGUGACUCACACAGCUACAACUGAAAGAUCAGAGGAGCAAAGGAGCAGCCACUAGUGUCUUCUUACCUCUCCAGAUCCUCAGACCAAAUGGGAGUACAAACUAGGAGCCUGUCUCUACCCACUUUAUAUUUCCAUCUCCACCUCCCAAGUGCUGGGAUCAAAGGGGUGAACCUCCCAAGUGCUUGAAUCAAAGGUGUGAGCCUCCCAAGUCCUAGGAUUAAAGAUGUGAGCCACAACUGCCUGGCCUCUGGUUAACCAGUGGCUAGCUCCACAGUCUGAUCCCCAGGCAAGAUUUGUCAGAACACAAAAUAUCUCACAACAAUGAACUAAGUUUACUUUAAACUUGUUUUGAGGUACAUGUUUUAUGAUGUAUUUUAAUAACACCAGAAGUCUAUAGAAUUAGAGAUAUAAAUUGGUCUCUCCUUCCAAUCUUGUCUCUGUCAAUAAAUUUCAUUUGUAUUUAGGAAUAUUGUAAAUACAAUUUUGGACACAUCAGAGCCAUUAAAGUUAUGUUUUAAUUGUCCCUGUUUUAACAGCUUACAGUAAACUAGUAAACUCAAGAAUGAGAUGCUUUUUUGGGAUAUGUAUCAAUAGUAAGGUUAAGAACUGUAUAUCCAGUCCUUCGUACGUCACAAUCAAUAUCCAAUCAUCCUGUCUUCUAGUGAGUGUAUGUGGUUUUUGUCCUUUUUACAGUACGGGUCCUUGUUUCUAUGACAAUGGAGAUGAUAUUGAAAGAAAAAAACACUGUUGUCAACUUACAGCACACGAGUGUGGCCGUCAUAAAGUUUACAGAGGGUCUGCAUCCUACUGGGAAGGCGUCGUGAGGGAUGAAGUGAGUGGACUCCUAAGAUGGCUCAGAUGCCAAGAACUAAGGGAAAAGAAUUUAUUGCUCCCCAAAUAUGAGAUACAGCCAGACUCACGUUGUGUUUUCCACUUGUCUUUGCCAUGAGUAAAAGACAAACAGUGACCUCCCCACCUCCCCUCUCUUCUAUAUCUACAGUGAUCACAGCUGCUUUGGUUACUGGUUGUUCAUCAUUAUUAAAAUUAAGAAACCAGAAUACCAGUCAAAUGAACUUGGUUGUAAGACAUAACUUCUAUAUUUGAUUUAUUUAUAAAACAAAUAGUUUAUUAAUAGGUAUAUCUCAUGUACACAUUAGAGAAAACACAGAAAUGAAGAAACCUCUAAAGUAGAUUGCAAGGAAAGUUUCUCAGCUUCAGGCAUAAAUCCCAUUCUUGUCAAUAACAAAGAAAGGUUGCUAUGUAGAAAGGUCCUGUUUGUGGUUAGCAAGUCACUUUGAAAAACAUCAUUUACUCUGUGUUUUUGAGUCAUUGUUUUCUUCCUGCUUGGAGUCUUUCUACAUCCAGUUAACACAUUAUUCCUAAGAAAGGAAUGUUUCCUUACAAAUAGAAAUAUCUUUUAUAGAUUAACGUCUUUCUAUAAGGAGUGAUUUUUCCAAGGUACAGCCUGUGUAGAAAGCAUCUCUUAUGAACAGCUCAAGAGAAUACCAUAGCAGAGACACAUAAUCUCAGGAGUAAAGAGUAUAGUAGAGACACACACGCUCAAGUGGCAUUUCUCAUUUUUUUCUUUUUUCUUUUAAGUCCUAUUAUUUAAAAUGUGUCAAAAAAAAAAAAAGAUAUCACGUGUCAAAAUUAGCAAGAACCCAAACUAUAUAACUCAUGAACUUUCUGUACAGUUAUGACAGACAUUCAGAACAAAAGCUUAGGAGUUCACACCGGAUUUCAUGCUGUCUCUUUUGAAUAUAUUUAUGCACUUACACACCAGCAAAAAAAACAGAGUUAGAAACAGAAACACAGUUAUCUCACUUCCUCUUUCACAACCCAUGUUCAGUACCUGCUGUCAAUCCUUCCUCAUCUCCUAAUAUUUAGCCUGUAUUCUCUUUUCUACAUGGCAUACUAUACUCAUAUGUAAAUUUGUUCACAUAUGUACAUUUAUUAUAGUCUAGAUUACAUGUAUGAGGGAAAAAUACAGUUUUUCUGAGAUUGUGUGACCUCAAUAUAUAUUCCAAGGCCAUCAAUAUUACUGCAGAUUUUGUGAUAUUUUUUAGUGCUAAAAAGCAUUUGUGUGUGUAUAUAUAUAUAUAUAUGUUAUAUAUAUAAUAUAUAUACACUUAUAUGUAAUAAAGUCUCCAUUAAUAUGUUCAUGAACACCUAUGUUAACUCAGGUUCUUUACUGUUGUGAGUAAAAAAGCCAAAUAAAUAUGGGGCACAAAUAUCUCUACAGUAAGGUGUGAGGUUCCCUGCACAUAGCCCAGGAUUGAAACAGUGGGGACAGUGCAGAGACUAGAGCCCGAGUUCCAGUGGUGUGAUGUCAUAAUGGGUGUGGGGUGCUGACUUGUGAGGUUCCAGUGGUCACUGCGGAACCCAGAGUCUCAUAGGCCACUUGGGGGCUGUGGCUCUCACCACAGCCUGUAGACAGCAGGCUGCACUGCAUCUGAAGUUUAGUACCUGCCUCCAGCAGGCUCAUAUGGUCCAAGGGUGGCCAAGGAUUUGACCCCAUGUGGUCACCUGGGUGCUUAGAGGGGGAGCCCUACCUGCACUGACAUCUGAGUCCCCUGGAUUCAAUACCUGAUUGCAGGGUGCUCUCCUAUGGAUGUGUGGGUAGCCUCAUGUAUUUAUGGGCCAACUGUGUACCCCAAGCUGGGAGGAAUGACGGUGUACUCAGGUUAUUGUUCAGUGAUUUGUCCAACUUUCUUUCCUGAAGCAUGUUAACACUGAAGAAGGCCAGCUGUGAUUAUUUUGAGUAGGCACGGCUAGUGUUAUGAAGAUGGCAACUGUUUCACCAUGACGAUAUUGUACAGCAUUAUUUUAAUAAAAGAAUGUUGAAGCCAAAUUA